CAAGGUCAUAAAUGCUUUCUUACUUUCCCCAUCCACAUCACCUUCUUCCACUUCUUCUUAAUGUAAUUUUCUGUGUUUUAACAUAGGUCUAUAAAUGGGGGGUGAGAUGAACCUAGCAGCUGGAAUUCAGAUUGCUCAGCUGGCCCUAAAGCAUCGCCAAAACAAACUUCAACACCAAAGGAUUAUAGUUUUUGCUGGAAGUCCCAUUAAGUAUGAAAAGAAGGUCCUGGAGAUGAUAGGAAAGAAAUUGAAAAAGAACAGUGUAGCUCUUGAUAUUGUUGACUUUAGUGAGGAUGAAGAUGGAAAGCCAGACAAGUUGGAGGCUCUUCUUGCAUCUGUUAAUAAUAAUGACAGUAGUCAUAUAGUUCAUGUUCCUCCUGGUCAAAAUGCACUUUCUGAUGUGCUCAUCAGCACACCUAUGUUCACUAGGGAUGGGGAAGGAGGAGGUGGCUUUGCUGCUCAUGCAGCAUCAGUAGGUGUUACUAAUUUUGAUUUCGGAGUGGAUCCAAAUAUAGAUCCAGAGCUGGCUCUUGCCGUAAGGGUUUCUAUGGAAGAGGAGAGAGCAAGGCAAGAAGCUGCUACCAAGAAGGCUGCUGAGAAAUCUUCUAAUCAAGAAAAAGAAGAGGAAGUGCAACCACAGUCCGAUUCGCAGAAUGCAACUGAACAAGUUACUGAUCCCAUGGAUGAGGAUGAUGCUUUGCUAAAGCAGGCCCUUGUAUUAUCGAUGAAUAUCCCAGGAUCUGAUUCUUCUGCGGGUGAUGCUGAGAUGUCUGAGGCUACCAAUGAUCAGGAACUGGCCAUGGGUUUGAGUUUUUAUUGGAUGCAUAGUUCAGGAUUAGCUGAAUUCAUACAUAGUGACGACUUGUUUGAGCUAACUGCUGAUCUUAAAAUUUCUGGUGUAGUAUGA